GAGAAGUACUACAUGUAUUUACGCGAAGUAGUUUUAAAUUUAAAUUUUUAACUAUAAAUAAUUCUUUCAAAAUAUGAAACAGAACAUGGUUUUAUUCAAAUUUUAAAAUGAAAUCAAUAGAAGAUUUAGAAAAGGAGGUGAAAGAGGUUGAUAAAGAGCUAAAAAAAAUUGAUGCUGAGUUAUUAAAAUGGAAAAAUUUACAGCGCGAAUUGCACGAGAAGAAAUCUUUACUAAAAAGAUCAAUAAAUAAAAUGAAGUCUGAUUCAUUAGCAAAUGUAGAUUGGGCUGGAAAUACGUAUGAAUGGUCAAAGGAUGUCAAGAAAACUCUUAACGACGUUUUUCGAAUAGAUUCGUUUAGACCAAAGCAAUUGAGUGCUAUAAAUUCUACACUUGCUGGUCAACAUGCAAUUAUUGUAAUGCCUACGGGAGCUGGAAAAAGUCUCUGCUAUCAACUUCCAGCACUGGUCAAACCUGGUCUUACUAUAGUUAUAUCACCCCUUAUCUCCUUAAUGGAAGAUCAGGUGCGAUCACUAAAGAAUAGAAAUAUCCAAGCUAUGCUGAUGACAAGUACAAGUCCAAAAGAUGAAACAUUAAAAGCUUUAAAUGUAUUAAAGGAUAAGAAUACAAAAAUUAAACUUUUAUAUGUUACACCUGAGAGACUUGCAAAAAGUAAGAGGUUUAUGUCCAACUUACAAAAAUGUUAUGCUGAAGGUAGAUUGCAAAGAAUUGCUAUUGAUGAAGUUCACUGCUGCUCUCAAUGGGGUCAUGAUUUUAGACCAGAUUACAGAUACCUUGGUAUUUUGUCUAAUAUGUUUCCCAAAACUCCAAUUUUAGGAUUAACUGCAACAGCAACAUCCCAUGUAUUAACUGAUGUACAGAAGAUACUUAACAUUCCCGGUUGUUUAGUGAUAAAAUCAACAUUUAAUAGACCUAAUUUAUAUUACAAAAUUUUAGAAAAACCUACCUCACAGGAAGAAUGCCUAACAAUACUUGAAAAGCUUUUGAAAAACAGGUAUAAAAGAGAGAGUGGUAUUAUUUACACUAAUAGUAUCAAAGACUCUGAAGAAUUAGCCCAAGGGCUAAGAAAGAGGGGUUUGUCUGUGGGCUGCUAUCAUGCCAAUAUGGAAGCAGAAUCAAGAUCUAAUGUACAUUUGAAGUGGCAUGAAAAAAGCUAUCAGGCUAUUGUGGCAACUGUUGCUUUUGGAAUGGGUAUUGAUAAACCAGAUGUUAGGUUUGUUAUUCAUCACACCAUCAGUAAAUCAAUGGAAAAUUACUACCAAGAGAGUGGUAGAGCUGGUCGUGAUGGUAAAAGAGCAGAAUGUCUUACUUUAUACAGAAUGCAGGAUGUUUUUAAAAUAAGUACCAUGGUAUUCUCUGCGGUCGGAAGUAUAGAUCAUCUAUAUGGUAUAGUUAAGUAUUGUCUAAAUGGAACCUUAUGUAGAAGGCAGUUAAUUGCUCAACAUUUUGAUGAAGAUUGGGGUGAUACUGAUUGUAACAAAAUGUGUGAUGUUUGCUCAUAUCCAAAUUCAAAUAUAAGGGAAAUAAGUCUGGAAUCACAUUGUAAAAUACUGUCUGGCAUUAUUGAUAAUGCUCACACACAAGAUACAAAAGUUACUGCUCAAAAGUUACUUGAUGCUUGGUACUUAAAAGGACCUGUUCCACUUAGACAUAAAGGAAAAGAACCAAAUUUUUCAAGGUCUAUAGGCGAAGAUGUGAUAGCAUUUCUGCUUGUAGAAGGGUAUCUUAUUGAAGAUUUUCAUUUCACAGCUUAUUCAACUAUUGCAUACAUAAAAAAGGGUCCUAAUAUGGAAGCAAUUAAUGAUGACAAUUUUACUUUGAAAAUGCCCUUAAGAAAAUAUACAGAAUUCCAUUUAGAUAGACCAGCUCCCAAAGAUGAUUCAGUUAUUGGGAAUGAUAUUACAGAAACGAGAAAAAGAAAGGCAAGCUCUGAAGUUAAUGGUAGAAAGUCUAAGAUUAUUGUUAUUGAUGAAUAAAAUAAUUGCUUC